UUUGGAACUUGUAAAAAUAAGGAUGUGGUUAGGUAUCAUACUAUCUUUUCUGCUAUACUCCUGGAAUGGAUAUGUGUAUGGUUUUACUACACAACGUUCUAAUAGGGAAGUCAUAGAAACAGACAUCAAGAAAGAUGUAAACGUAAUGAAAAGCACUUUUCAUGAACUACUUAAACGAGUUAUAAGUAAUGAAAAUGAAAUUUCAGUACUGGAAAGUCAAACACAAUAUUUGGGAUCUGAACUUGAAAACAUAAGGAGACAUUAUUCAUGCCAGAUCGAUGAGAUUCACGAGAACAAUCUACAGAUACGUGAUGAACUCCACAAAUCAAGAUCACAGUUAGUGACGGCAACAGACUCAAUCAAUGAAACAAUGCAGGAACUUAGCCAUACUGUCGAUCUAUUAGACAAAAAAUACUUGCUGUUAGAGAACAUAGCAAGACAGAAGUCGGAAGAAAACCUUAACAAAUCUGUUAAUGAAUCAGGUGUAUGCAGUAGUAAUCCCUGUAGAAAUGGAGGAAUAUGCAAAGCUGUUAGAGAAAGUUACAGUUGCAAAUGUUUAUCAGGAUAUUCCGGCCAGCAGUGUCAAGAUUCAGGAUAUUUCGACUACGUUAUCAUGUUUACAGAACCUCCAAGAGAUGAUAACAUUCCUAGACUGUAUAUUCAUUCUUCUAAAAGUGGAUCCAUCAGUAUAUAUUAUAAAGCUGAUAAAAACAGAACUCUCGCCUUAAGUUCCGGUACCAAUCAGGUAGAUCUUCCAAAUUCUGUUUUUACCAAAGAUGGCAUUUCGGAUAAAGCAAUCCAUGUGCAUUCUACUGUACCAAUUGUCAUGUAUGGAUUCAUUACUGAUGUUGCUGUGGAUGGAUAUUUGGCCAUACCAUCUUUGAUGCUUGGUGACAAGUACAUUGUCCUAACCUAUAAACCGUCUAAACAUGAGGAUCUAAGGAAAUGUUUGCUCGGCGUCAUUAGUGUGGAGACAAAUACACAUAUACAAAUAAAGUUUAAAAUUCCAAGUAGCGGAACGAAGGUACAAUAUAAUCACAAAUCGUUUGGAGAUGGUGACACUUUGUCUGUAACUUUAGAUAAACUUCAAACAUUCCAAAUAUCUCAUAUUUAUGACAUAUCUGGUUCUGUUUUGACAUCAAACAAACCAGUAGGUGUGGUUUCUGGGAACAAGUGCAAUGCUAUAAACAACUUCAAAUGUAAUGCAUUCAUUGAAAUGGUUUUGCCUGUUAACCAGCUUACCACACAGUUCAUCACUCCGACUAUUACCAGACGGAACGACAGUAAGUUGAGGGUUUAUGCGCAUGAAGAUACAGAGCUAAAAAUAUCAACACUUCACCAGGAUUAUUCGGUCCAUAUCGAAAAAGAACAUUUUUAUGAAUUUGAGAGUUCUCAUGUAUCAGUCAUAAACGCAAAUGAGACUGUUCUUGUGGUCAGCUUUCCAAAAGAUAUUCCUGACUAUGACGCCUAUAUGAUGACAAUACCUGGAAUUCAACAUUACAAAUCAUACUACAAUUUCACUGUUCCAGCCGGAUAUACCAGCUUCAUCAGUGUUACAUGUGUUGCAACAAAGAAAAAAUCACGAUAUGACAUAUUCGAUGAAUUCAAAAUCGAUAAUCAAAAGAUAGAAUUGACAAAAUUAUUUAACAAAACAAUCAAAUAUCAUUCCUUUGUAACAUUUAGUCAGGAAAUAAAAGAUGGUGCUCAUGAAAUACACAAUGAAUUAGAUUUGAAGUUCGGAUUAUGGAUAUAUGGAGAGAGGAAAUCUGAAGGUUAUGGAUAUCCGGAAUGGGUUAUAUAAGUCAACAUUAACUUUGAAAUACCCGCAAAGUUUUUUCAAGGCUACAAAUGUAUCCAUUUAUGCCACAUUUAACGCUUUUAUCAUUGCGAAAGUCAGAUAAACAAAUAUAUAAUAAACCAAUAAAACGAGUAAGUGUAUACAAAAGUAAAAGAGUCAUAACUGCAUAUAUCUGUUUUGCCUGAGAGUACAGCAACAACCUGACGAGCGUAACGUUACCAACGAUGGCUCAUGAGUUGAACACUCCUGCAAUGUACAUACCAACUAACGCUUUAUGAAUAUUACUUUUUUAUUUUCUUUAAUAUUAAACUAUAUUAAUGCUAUUUAAGUGUAUGCUUUACGAUGUCACUUCAAUUAAUAGAUAUGGCAUCAUCUUGUUAAAUGACUGCCAAGAGUAUAUUUUCAUACUGUCGUAAAAAUCCAUUUAUAUAUUUACUGCUGCUUUCUUCUAUGGAUAAAUUCAGUAAAUAAAUAUACUACACCAUUGUGGAGAGCUUUGUGUCAAACACUGAAGUCAUGUGCUCUUCUGAUUGGUAGGUAAUGCUUGUAAUACAUA